AUGAACGAUUCCCAGCUAGAAGCAUUCCUGGAGCCCCUUGGUGAGGGCUCGUCAUGGGCAGCAAAAUGUGUACGACGGCUUCUCGAAGCUGAGAACCUCACCGAUAUAGCCGCGGGCCUCGUCGCGCAGAAUGGUCAUAAGCCUGUGGAGUUGGUCAAGAAUGUGUGGAAUGCAUGGGGUAUUGAUAUGAAGACUUGUCAUUCAUACUGCGGCAGAUCCAACUUCCCUAUGGUCUUUGAUUUUCCAAUCUUCACAUCCGGUGUGACGAACUACUUGUUACCGUGGCUUGGUCUGACAGCCCAACUCCCAUACGAAACCGGUUCCCCAUCUGGAAACUUUGAAAGCUUUUGCCUCGCGGUCGGAAGCCCAAUGUUGACUACUUUCUCUCUCAUGUCGACAGUCAGGAAUGCACGCACAACAUCGAAUGCAUUCGACGUCCUGCUUAAGGAUAAUGCAGUAGCGCAUAGGAACGAAAGAAUGAAGAAGGCAAUAGAGUCGGCAAGAGACUUCCUUUGCGACUCUCAGCAGUCUCCCAUCAGGAUACAAGAUGACGAGUUUCGGAAACUGUUUGAAGGCGAUGAGGAAUACCUGCAAGAUCAUUGGGAAUCUCUGGCAAAGCGCCUUAGCGACACUCGCCGACCGUACACGUUCUCCUUCUUUGCGCAAACCUUUUUCGCAGUCAGUGCUUGGGUCUUGACCAUUGUUGGAUCGUAUGUUACAUCGCUCGGUCAGCAUUCCGAAGCUCUAUUGCUUUCUUCUGGCACACUUUGGACGUGGCUAGUCCCAGUAGUCUUGGGUUGGAUGGCUGUUGGGACGCAGUCACGACCGGAUACAGUACAUGACGCGAUACAAGGUGGGAAGACAUGUGAAAGAUGUACGCCACUCAAAGCACUAGAAGCUAAAUCUGGCUUCAUGGGCCCAACGCCAACAGUCGUGGAAGAUGCCUUACUGGGUAAAGUGCAAGGGGACGAAGCAUGCCAAGGUCCCAUUUACAACUAUGCACGUAUCUUGACUAACCCAAAGCUACGGAAUAUGAUUGUGAGCGCAUUCGACAAGAAAAUCCAAUCGCUGAGAGAUCGAGAACCCCAACGGUUGCCCAGUAGGCCAGAGAACCAAGAUUCUGCACAUGCGUCAGUUAGCAAUGUAUCCUCAUCUGGCUCACGACUCAUUCCAACUGAACCUCAACCUCCUGCCCGAACCAAUACGAACGAGCGCCAAACCGACCCAGACUUCAAUCUUAUUGAGCCAUACAUGAAGUGGACGGAAGUUCGAAGGGAUACCCACUGGACAUGGAACUUCAUCAUCUCCAACGCCGUCGCCGUGUUUCUCCAGUGGGGAGUCACUGGAUCUGCCACCGUGAUAUCGUACCUGACCGAAGUGCGCGGCCUCGGAUGUCGUUCUGGUAGUUACCUGGUGUACGGCAUCCUGGCUACAUCUGCUCACGUUCUUCUUGUAGCAUCAGUGUUUCUGUCGCACCAUGUAAUGCUAUUAUAUCAGGAUCAACCAAAGCCUUACAAAACGACUGUCAAGUUCCAGAUCAGAUGGGUUGGUAGACUCGCUGUAGCUUUGCGAUUCCUUGGUAAAUCCAUGGCCGUUGUCAACGCCAUCUGGAUCAUCUUGAGUUCCGUAUUCGAGCUCAUCGGUUUCUAUGAAAGCUGCUGGUGUACAGGCACUGUGUUGGGUUUGGGUAGUAGGGCUUGGGUCGUCCUCUUUGUCAGUGGUGAUAAGAUGCGGGAAGAUGCGGAAGCAUCCUGGAUUGGAGGACUUGCCAUGAGUCUGUUUACCAUGAUCUUUACGUACUUUGUUUCCAAGGCGUAUGCUCAAGGAAGGAAGGACUGA